AUGGAUAUCAGAAAUAUACACUCAAUUUGGGUCGAAGAUGAACAAUCUUCAAAAUUCCAUUUAAAUGAUCCCAAUCUGAAAAUAUUGAAUAGUCAAGUCCCAUUGUUAUCUUCCAAAGAGAACAUUGAAUUACCUCCAUUACCACCAAGUUCCUUUUUCAGUUAUAGCUUAAAAGAUGAAGAUGAAUCAGCAAAGAGUAGCAAUAAACUACACAAGAUGUUUAAAAAAUUUGGUUUAAAUAAUGAUCAAUCUAAAGCUCCUGUUAAGAAAGUUAAAAGAAAAAUCUCUACACCUUUUGGAUUCAAUCAUGUUUCUCAUAUUGAUAAUAAACCUGGUGCCACAAUCACUGUCAAUCAAUUAUCAGAGAUUCAACCUCAAGAACAAGAUGAACUUGAUGAACCAAGUCAAUCAAAUAGAACUUCAACUUCUGCAAAGGCAUUUUGUACAUCUCCUCAAAUCAACACCACCACCACCACUACAAAGCAAAUCCCAAGAUCAAUUUCAAAUGCAACUUCAUUAUCAAGAACUCCAUCUUCUCAACUAUUUACAAGAUCUGCAUCAAUUUCCACAAUGGCCACCACAAUUUCAUCUAAAACCCAUUCAAAGAAAAAUUCAAUCAUACCAAUUACAAAUCAACAUAAACAUCAAGAUUCAUCAAGUUCAAUUGAAAAUUUGAAAAAAUUGGAAAAAAAUCAAAUUUCAAAACAAUGUUCAAAUGAUUAUACAACUAAUGAUUUUAAAUUCCCAAAUAAAUCUAAAAAAGAUUCAAUAAAUUGGGGAACACCAGAUUUAAAAUCUGCAGUGCGUCAAUCUUGGAUAUAUGAAGAUUUAUCACCAAAAUCAAUGAUAUCUCCUGUUAAACCAUUGAAAAGAUCAAAUUCAAUAAGUGGUUCUCCUUCUUAUUCUCCAUAUAGAUCUGAUAUCAAUCUUUUCCAAAAUGAAUUGGAAGUUUCAUUUAAUAGAGAUGAGAAUAAUUUAAAUGAGAUUAUAAAUUCAAUCGAUGACUUUACUCAAUUGAUUAAUAACCACCAAGAUCAAGUUGAUGAAGAUGAUGAAUUUAAUGAAACUUUAGCAUCAUUAAGAGCUGCGAAAUUCUCAAGAUUAUCAAGAUUAGAAAACUUCUACGAUCAUCAAGAUCCAAAAUAUUUAUCAUUUAUUGAAGAAUUUGAAAAAAUUAAAACAAAUGAUUCAAAUUAUACCAAAACAACAUCAGUUGAAUUUCAUAAAGUUCCUGAAAUUUAUGAAACUGAUCAAGAAUUUGAAGAUGAUGAAGAAAUCGAAUCAACUCCAAGACAACAUCAUAUUUCAACUUUAUUACCUUCAAUGAUCCCAUGA